AGAAUCCGAUUUUAUUUUUUACUCUGUGGAUGCAUCAACUACAAAUAAAACGAAAGUAAAACUACGAUUAUUUCCUUUUCCCACUAAUAUUAAUUAAAAUUUAUUAAAACAUCCAUGAUAAUGAAUAGGCAGGUUGAUGUAAAGGCUCUAGUGUCGCAUGUAAUUCGCGGCGACGGUGCAAAUAAAUGCCGAAUAUGUAUGGGAGAAACUACAGAAGGACAAGUGCAUUUAAGUGAUACAGUUUUAAUGGAAGGAGAUAAACCCCUAACAUUAUCCGAAGUGCUGGAAAUCGUCACAGGAAUUCAGGUGCCGCUGGAUGGUGACCUGCCAUCCGGUGUGUGUGUGGACUGCUACUCCUGCGCUCUGAACGCUGCUAACUUCAGAACGAUGUGCUGGCAAACGUCCUACAGAUGGGACACGACCCUGCAGGUUCUGCACGAACUACCCUCACAGCACAUUGGAAACAACAAACUGAUGUUUGCUAUACUUGACGAUGAGCAGUUGUUUGUUGUCAUUGAUGAGGAAGAGUUAAAUACAGACACAGCAUUCGAAAGAUUGGGAAAGCAUUUGAGUACUAGUGAUGCGAUAAAUGAAAGCCAUGAAGAAAUAAGCAAAAAUGUGUCUGACAGCCAUAAUGAAAUUCAUCCCACUGUGGAAAAAAAUGAAUCUGAAGUCCAUGAUAAAGGUCAUCCCAUCAAGGAUGCGUUAAAUAAAAAUAUUCAACAAUUAGAAGAUCUGACAACACAAUCAAUUGGAAGCCAUUUGGACAUCCGAGGCCGAAUGGAAUGUCCGAAUUGUGAAAAAAAUUUUGAUAAUCCAUUGAAUUUUUAUCAACAUUUGAAUCGUUCAAUGGAUAUGAAAAGAGCGUGCCAUGUUUGUGGUAAAGUGACGUCACGGGACGCGCUGGUCUCCCAUCUCGUUGACGCUCACAAUGUAAAGGUCCACGAAUGCAAGAAGUGCUCCGCUCUGCUACUAACUGCUAACGCAUUUAACAAACAUUUAAAAAAAGCGCAUUCGCCCGGCGCCUUCGCGUGCGUCGACUGCGGACAGUCGUACCAAACGCAAAACGCCUUCAGAGUCCACGAGUCUAUACAUAGACAAAAAACUUGCCGAAAUUGCAAAAAAAUAUUCCGCAACCUUAAGUGUUACAUGUAUCACGUUCAGAAAUGCAAAUUAAACGAUCCAGUUGACAUUAAAGAUAAAACAGAAAUGAGGUCUACCCUCGAAAUGGAAAAUCGUAAAAGGACCAAAACAGGCACACGAGGUAGCUUUGAAGGGACUUUCAUUUGUGAUUACUGCAAUAAACAGUUCGCCAAAAAGAAGUACAUCACAUCACACAUACAAAUAGUCCAUUUGAAGAAUACUCACAGUCCAUGCGUAUAUUGCGGGAAGUCCCUAGCGACUGCCCACAUGACUGAGCAUUUGAAAAAACACGAACUGGACUUGUCGUUCAAAUGCCAACAAUGCGGCAUAGUCCUUAAAAGCAGGUUAGGUUACAUCCAGCAUUUGAGGCUGCAUACCGGAGAGCGUCCGUACGCAUGUGAAAUAUGCAACGAGACCUUCUGCGCAUCGUCCCGCCGUUCGGAGCAUAUGCGUAAAUUCCACAAAGCGCCGAGGGAAUUGAAGCAUGCAUGCAAGCUUUGCCCUGCCAAAUUCCGAUUACCAUACAGGUUGAAGAAGCACAUGAAUGCCUUGCAUACAAACAAAAGUGAGGAAUCAAACUUUUAUGAGUGCAAGGAAUGCCGUGAGAAGUUCGGCUCCUGCCGGGGAUUGCUGCAUCACAGCAGAGUACAUCAGAAAAUAGCGUUUAUGAAUAAGAAACCAGAAAAAUCUAUUAUACUAAAAGUGUUUAAUGAGGUCUUGCCGGAGACCGAACUGCCAGUCGUACUCUGCAGGGAAUGCACGAACAGUGCAUUUUACGCAUGGAACUUCAAAUCCUUGUGCAGCAAUUCCGAACUAGAAUGGAAGGAGGCAGUCAACGUCCUAUCCAAUAACGCAGAAUUGAUAAAACCAAAUACAGAAGACAAGAUAUUUUACAUGCGUUUCGAUAAAGAAGGAGCCGUUUUCAAAGACCACGUGGCCAAAAUAUAUUCAUUGGCAGAGGCCGCCAACAGAUUCGCUGACGUCCUCAAGAGCAACAGAAAGCUGGAACGAGAAAAAUCGAAAAAGUUGAUUGAACCAAAGAUACGGUUCUCAACCAAAUGCCAUAUGUGCGGAAAAGAUUUCAACAACCCCCAACAUUUGAACCAGCAUUUGAUGAGCACGGCCAAGGGUGUUUGCUCGGUUUGCGGAAAAAUUAUGCCGAAGGAAAAGCUGCAAAAACACUUGAAAAGCCGUCACAAUAAAUACGUGUUUCCCUGCGAGAUUUGUCUCCAAAUUUUCGAGGACCAAUCGAGUUUAAGCCAUCAUUCAGAACUCCACGCAUCUGGUAUGCCUCAAUGCAAAGUGUGCAAACACGGUUUCAGGAACGACAGAGCGCUGUUAGCACACAUGUACGCCCACACACUGUUCGUCUGUUCCAAUUGUAGCAAGAGUUUCGAGAACCGCAAAUGCUAUAUGUACCACAAGGAAAGUUGCUCGGCGACCAGACCACAAGAAGUUGAAGUUGACGGGGUUUACGAAUGCGAUGAAUGCGGAAAGAAGUACACCAAGAAACCGUCGCUGAGGAUCCACAUAAUCCAGAAGCAUCUGAACGUGCUGCCAAUAAUUUGCCAAAUUUGUGGGAAACGCAGCGCCACUAAAAACCAUCACAAAUCUCACGAGCUGGUGCACAAGAAAGAACGUGAGAUGUAUCAGUGUUAUUGCGGAGCCAAGAUGAAGACCGCCAUCGGUUUCCACAUGCAUCAAAGGAUUCAUUCUGGGGAAAAGCCGUACGAGUGUGAAGAUUGCGGCGACAGGUUUCUCUCUGCGUCUCGAAGGCUGGAUCAUAUAAAAAGAAGGCACCGGAGCGGCAAACCCUCUCAUAGUUGUAAAAAAUGCGGCGCAGGUUUCAUAAGGGAUGAGCCGACAUGUCCAAAGAUGCUCUGCGUGCCGUGCACCCACUACGCUGUCUCUGCUUACGAAUUCCGUCUUUUCGCCAGGAACUCGCAGAAACUGUGGCACAAUUGCGUCUCAUCCAUAGACAACCUCUUCCCUUUGACCACCAACAAGUCUUUCUACGUCAUCAUAAAGGAAAAUCUACUAUUGCAAAGUUUCAACAACUUUGAGGGUACUUCGAAAGAUUUGGCGCAUCAUUUGACCAAUCGUUUUAAGAAGAAACCGAUAGCUACUGAGAAGAAGCCUCGUCAUCCGCGUAGCGGGCCGUCUUGUGAAUGCACUGAUUGUGGCAAGGCGUUCCUGAGUCCUUACUACCUUAACACUCAUUUGAGGAACAGUGGACAGAAGGAGGCGUGCUGGUUAUGCGGAGCUGUGCUCAUACGGGGGCCACAGAUGAAGCAGCAUUUAGAGGACGUUCACAACACCGUCAUGCAUCUGUGUUCAGAGUGUCCGGUUCUGUUGAAAAGUGCAGUAGACAAGAGGAAACACGAGAAAAAGUGCCACGGUCCAGGCAGGUUGACUUGCAACGAUUGUGGCAGAACUUUCCAGAGGAAAAACUCCUUCGAGGUGCAUUCUCAAAUGCACACGGUGAGGACGUGCAGAGCGUGCGGAAUGCAGUUCACGAACCGAGGAUGCUAUAGAGAACAUAGAGCAAAGUGCGAGCCGGACGCUAAGCCCAAUUUGAAACUGAUACCCAGAAGUCGACGCUCGAAUAUUAGGGACCCUGCGACUUUUACCUGUGACUAUUGCAACAAAACCUACCACUCUAGACCGCAGUUAAAAAACCAUAUACAAUGGAUCCAUAUGGAUAUAAGACCUCAUCAAUGUCAGUGGUGCGGAAAAAGGUUUUAUACUCCAGCGCGUUUAGCCGAACACACGGUCGUCCAUACGCGCGUUAGAAAUUUCGAAUGUGACAUUUGUGGCGCGAAACUCGUAUCCAAGAUGGCCGCCGUGUACCAUAGACGACGCCACACUGGAGAGAAGCCUUACGAAUGUCAAGACUGUGGAGAAAAGUUCAUAUCCUCCUCGAGGAGGUCCGAGCACGCCAAACGUAGACACAACAAAGGGUCCAGGUUUCAAUGCACUCUCUGUCUAUGCAGUUUUGUCAGAACUCACGAACUGAAGAAGCAUGUGCUUAAAGUGCACAACCCAGAAAGUCCGAUUAUGGUCAAAGUUAAAAAGGUCAAGGAGUUUGUUAAAGCUAAUGUUUAAUAUACUGUAGACAAAUAUUUUUUAAUAAAUCUAAAUUAUAAAACAUAGAAA